AUGGACAAAAAUAUUUACAAAACUGUAAUUUUAGAAAUCAGGCCGCGUUUGCAGUCUGUUAAUGUUGUAAUCAAUUUAAUAUCACCCAUUGAGGUCAGCAAAAUAUCCCUCAAUGAGGACAAUUUUCAGAUUAUUGUUGAUGAACACGUUCAUACUGUUUGUUGCAAGAAUUUAAAAAUUGUUGUGAAUUCGUUAAGCUCGUUAAUUGUUACGCAAACAUACAUUUCGUUUCGUUUUGCUACUGUCAACAGUUCAGACGAUUGGGGCAGUUUCAAAACGGAAGUUUUAAGAACCGUAGGUUCAAAUGUGCACACAAACCUCGAAAAUAUUUUUCUAAAUGUCUCAAUGGAGUACGUAAUUCAGUGUAAGAAUUGUUCACAUAAUUUAAGCGAAAAUGUGAAGUUUGAACGCAUUUUACCCUUACCGUCGGAAAAUUCCGACUCCAGUGACUGGUUUUGUCACUCUCAUGGCAGCUCCAAUGUUGCUGUUUUAAAUCCCAAAGAAUCCGAUGUUUUCUAUGGAUCUUGUUACUGUCAUUUAAGCAAACAAUUGGUGCAUAAUGUUUUAGAAACUGAGAAAUUGGUGGUUUGUAAGAGGUGUCUCUCGUGGUUAGGGCUGUUGAAAAAUUCCGAAACUUUCAAAUUUUGGUUCAACACAGUCGCGUUCAAGGAUGAAACCAUGGUUCAUAGUACGUCCCCACUUAGUGAUACUUUAAUUGCUUUAAGGGAAAUUUUAAACAGCAUUCUUUUCAAUACCGCAAAAAUUGUUCUCUGUUGCCAAAGCGGUAAAAAACAAAACGAUUACAUCCUUCUCUGGAUUUUAGAAAAACAGUUAAAUGUACAGCUUGGGGUGAAAGAUUAUAAAGUGGCUAAAGUGUUGUUUAAAUAUGAAAACAAUAAGAACGAAACUGUUAAAAAGUGGAUGGAAGACAGCAAUGUUGUGAGUGUUGAUAUUUCCAAACCUAUGACUGUUGAGAUUUUGAAGCAUCUCUACAAAUUCAAUAAAAUAUUUCCACAGGAAUUUAGUGAAUCUAAUAAUUUUUUUAUUUCGUAUUUAAUGAUGUAUGAACACGAAAAAUAAAUUUUCUAGAAAAAAACGUGUUUUAAUGUUU